CUUUGUCUGGUCCAAGUGUCCCAAGUUCCAAAGCAGGCUGACCCCGCCGUGGUGCCUCGUCCUCACCCCCUGAAUGGCCUGAUGUAGUUGCCACGCCCUCAGCUGUCUGCAGCAGACUCUGCUGAUGUCUCGACACAAUUGCAUCAAUCGCCACUCGAAACCGUGAAAACCCCAGAACGCGAGAGAGGGCGGAAAAGACCGUGAGAAAAACUCGAUCGUCAGGAAGGGGUUGGCAAUAUACUUGGCUGGUUCGUUCGCGCCGUAAGCUUCACAAAGAGCUGAACCGAUAUUUUCAUCUGAUUUCGGUCAAUUCGAGACACUUCGCUCUCCACCUGUUUAAAGACUCUCCUUCUGUCCCAUCUUUCGUCUCCCCGCCCUCCCGCCCGCCCAUACCCCAUCCCAAAUCGGCCGCGCACAGGGCGGAGACACACUUGACUCAAAGAACGGAGCGAAUCGACGGGUGGGGGUGGCAUUUCCGACACGCUCGAGAGGCCAUGACCUCCACGCCGGCAUGCAACGGCGGGCACGGAUCGACCGGCACGACGCGGUCGGCUGGAGCUUUACACGACACGACGCAACGGCCGGCACAGAGGCGGUGGAACUUGUUGCGCACCCACGUUCGCGUCACCCGACGGUUAUCGCAGGAACUCGCUCACAAGCACGCGCGGCGGUUCUCAUCGGCUCAGCAGUCGCUUGUCGAUGCCUGUGUCGGGUGUAUCUCCGCUCCAGCGUCGAAAGACUGCCCGUUAGACACGCUCUUGGCCGUCCGAGACCAUUUUCUAUCGCUUCUGGACGCUGAGCACUGCGUCCUGAGCUUCGAGCUCGCACCGUCAGGGUCCGUUAUCGAAUUCGACGGGCGAGGCAUCCGACAGGUAGUGGAACGCAGCUCCGGCACGACUGCAAGACGACAGGCACGAGGCGCUUCACACCAGCCGACCUUCUUCUCUACAGCUAAAGCCUGUGCACGUGUAGAGCGGCCGGAAGGGUGUAGCCAUCUCCAGUCUUAUCUCUGUAUGCCUCUCGUUGACUGUAGCGAACGUGUUCGAGCUGUUGUGGAGGUAUUUAACACACGUCAUGAAGCUCAGGACAUCAGUACGUGGCUAGGAGACUGCGAAUCGGAUUGUUCUCUAGCGUUCAGGUCGGUCAAGUCGACAAGUGAACCGCUACGUGUUUUCUGCGGCUUUGUGGGUGGGUUAUUACGUGCUGCAGCGCCAAUUGAAGCGUUCGAGAGCUAUGUGGACACUGGCGAUACUGUAGACUCCUUACCAAGCAUGUAUCGUCACACAGGGGACACAGUCAGUGUCUCUGAAGAAGCCCCAUUGCAAUUAUUGGACUUCUUACAGCGAGCUCUUGGCGUUGAUGGGUGGACUGUAUACGCUCUCGAUCGGGAGGCUAAUACCUUGUGGGCUCGACUAGCGAGUGCCGGAUUCAGGUCUAAAGUGUCGACGGUACUGAUGGGUCAAGGAGUGAUCGGACGGGCGGCUUCUACGGCUGAGCCGCUGUUUGAUGGAGACGUACUGUGCGUCCCUAUGUUCGAUCACAGCAGAGAUCACAAAGUCAAUAGCGUUGUGGUGUUUUACGGUACUACACGACCAAAGCAAGGAGCUUUCCGUCAGUGUGACGUGGAGUUAUGCAAUGUUGUUUGUCGGCAUGUGGGGAGUUCUCUGCAACGUUUAGCACUGGAAGAUUCGGCUAAUAAGGCGCAGGAGAAGGCACAGGCGUUGCUAGAGCUGUCAGAUCUGUUGUUUCGAGAACUGGAGAGAUCUCCCAGGCCUACUGCGAUGCUGCUAACAGCUGCAAGAGUGAUCGUACAGAAGUCUUGGUUCAGGAUUGCUGAGUGUAACGUGUAUCUGAGAGACCCGCUGACGCAUGAAUUGUACUCGCCAGGCAACGCGACGCAGGGAGAGUACCGUGUUCCGUUGUCUUCCGGUAGUGCGCGUGCCAUGCCGGCUGUACGUACUGGAAACGUCGUAAAUCUACGCGAUACUGAUGCCGGUUCGCAUCACACCAAGCCUGUUCUGGCCGUUCCAGUAAAGGACCCGACGUCGGGCUCUGUGCUGGCUGUGCUGGAGUUACUGGACAAACGAUCGAGUGAAGGAGACGUGGAACACGCUGUGAGUCUGGAUAAACUGUACUUCGACCAGCAUGAUGAGGAUCUAGCACGAGGAAUUGCACGUCAAGUUGCGUCUGCACUACGGAAUACUCAACGUCUGGACGCAGCACGAACAGCGCAGAGGAAGAGCGCGGCGCUGCUGUCGUUGCGUCUACCUGCUGCUACUGGGACAAUGCCGGGCGAACAGGUUGGUGCUGUGUUUUCCUUCGUGGAAGCUGCGGCGUGUAGAGCGCUGCGUGCGUCGCAUGGCGCACUGUUCUUAGUAGAUGCACCGAGUCGCUCUUUGUUCGCACGCGUGGGAGCGGAUUGGAGAGGAUACUCGCUACCUAUCGGUCAGAAGCUGCAAGGCCGCGUGGCUGCCACUGGAGCGGCCGUGCGUCUGGUCCGUGAGGCACGAAUCCAUCCCGAGUUUGACAGCGACUACGAUCGCUUGAUGAACAUGCAGACGUCGAGUCUGUUGUGCGUUCCUAUCAAGGCUCAGCCGUCCUUGUCUGCGUCUUCUACGUUCGCGUCUUCAGGAGCUUCGACGAGAUCUGGACGACGCUGUAGCAGCAGCUUCAGUACGAGCAGUAGCACGGACGACGACGGCGACGAUCGACCGGUUAUUGGCGUGUUCUACGCUAUCAACAAGAUGAACGCCAAUGGAGAGACGGAGGGGUUUGACGCUGAAGACGAACAGGUUUUACGUGCCAUCUGCGUGGAGCUGUCGGCUCUAGUGGAACGUCGUGCGUGGGAGCUGGUGUUCGAGUCUCCGUCCUAUGAAGACAGUGAGAGCAGCGACAGUGAAGGAGAGAGUCACGUGACGAGAACGUUCCUGUCUCAGUACACCACGGCGUCCCCCAUGCGUCGUCGGCGUCGUCCUCGCUCUCGUCUUCCGUCUGUAGUGGAUCACGAUCACGCUGCGGCUGUUGUGGCUGCGACGUCCUACCAUGAAGGCUGCUUCUUGAGCAAUAGCGGGCUCUCUUCGCUGUCUAGUAGCAUCGGUCUUGUACCUGGACAACACGCUCAGAGUUCAGUGUUGCAGUGGAAUCUGGAUCCCUGGCAGUUCUCCCCGGCACAGCUGAUUGAUCUCGCAGUCGACAUGUUCGAGUUGCACGAACUUAUGGAUGGAUUUGCGUUACCUGAAGCCACGUUACGCCGCUUCUUGCACAGUGUACAGGCUCAGUAUCUCGACGUGCCGUACCACAACACGUACCACGCGUUUGCCACGCUACACAUGACGUUCCUCAUGUUAUCAGCGCAGAGUAAGAAGCUGGCUCCGUCGUUGAUCCCUGCGUCGACUGCUCUUGGCAUGGGUCCGACUACAAAAGCCCAAGCUAUUGAACGGACAAGACAGAAACGAUGUGGCGAGUUGAUUCUCGCUCCAAGAGAGCGACUCGCAGUCUUCGUGGCCGCCUUCUGCCAUGAUAUGGGCCACGACGCCCGUACCAACGACUUCCACGUGAGAUGCAGCUCACGUCUGGCUCGGCGGUAUAAUGACCACUCGGUACUGGAGAACAUGCACGCUGCUGCGUGUUUCGAGACUAUGAGACGCCCUGGACACGAUGUACUGGCUGGACUUGAGGACGGCUCCAGUGACACGGCGGGAAGUCGUCGCGCUGUUCGGAAGCGCAUUAUCCGGUCGAUUCUUGCCACAGAUAUGCACAGACACGCUAGUAUUGUGGCCAAGCUGCAUGAAGCGCAAGCUCGAGGCAGUAGAAAUGACGAUGAAGCGCUGCGUGAACUGCUGGUGGAUGCGGUGGUUCAUUCAGCGGAUAUCUCGGGCCCAACGCAGACAGAAGAACAGCAUUUCCGGUGGACUACACGACUGCUUGAGGAGUUCAAUGAACAGCAUGCAGAGGAGGUGGAACUGGGGAUUUCAACUACUGCGUUCAUGGAUACUCGACCGGACUCGGCUGAGUUUGCACGUGUCAACUUGGCGUUCGUCGACUCGUGUGCGUUCCCAUUGUGGAAAGCGAUGGGUGGGAUUUUGGCAGGAUUGGAAGGAUGUUUGGCGAAUGUGGAGAGGAAUCGAACGAUGUGGGCGACGCGACUUGAGGAGGCCACAAAACGUGAAGCCGAGAACAAGAUAGCAAAACCUGUGGCUAAAACAGAGAGUCCAGAGAGACUGCACAUUACUAAGAAGUUAGUUGGAGAGUCCGUGACUCCCACGAAAGCCAAGAAAGUUGCCAACCCGUUGCCGCCUCCAAAUCUGCGUCGACAACAGAGUGAAGACAAGAAAAACGAGAAGAUGUACUCGGUUUAUGCUACUCCGACCAAAUCGAACCACAAGAAGGCGAACAUCCCGUCGACUUCCUCGCAGCCUGUCAAUAUUCCACAGCAGAAAGCGAAGAGAAAACUUGAGCUACGUUAGGGCGAGAGAGC